CAUGACUUUUGUCAAACAUUUACAAUACAAAUGAAGACAAAAUUAGUGAGCAGAAUGUUCCCUAAAACCUGCAGCAAGCACAACAUCCGACGCACCGUGCUCGGCACCUGCGUCGUGCUGGCCGCCGACGGCGGCGCCAGCGGCGGGGCGUGGCCCCGCAAGGUGACCAUCACCCUCUUCCGGCGUCGGGGGUGCUGGCGAGCCCUCAGCUCGCGGAAGGUGGCCGCCUUCGCCUUCCCGGAGGCGUCCGGCCCCAUCUCCGUCACUGCCCCGCUGGACCUGGAGUAUCUCUUCAGGUGCAGCGGGAAACCAGACGCCGAAGCCACGCAGAUCAAGAUUUGUGUGGCGUACCGCCGCGGUGCAACUCGCAAGGCCCGCGUUAGCCUGGAGGAGUUCCUGGAGGCGCUGCUGGAUGGAGGGCGACCUGACAGCUUCUUCCUGUACAUCUAUGAAGACAAAGUCGGCCUCCAGCAAGCCAGUCAGCAGUUCCAGGCCCUUCCCACAACAUGGCCACUGGAAGAGAAGCCCGACAAGGGAAAGAAGGCCAUGCAUACUGAAGGAAACACCGAUGCCACAUACAACGAAUGGAAGGUUUUCCUGGAACAGGUGUUUUCGAUGGAAGACGAUGAAGGAGACACCGCCAAUGAUGAAGACACCUACAACGAAUGGAAAGUUUACCUAGAAAAGGUGUUUGCGGCGGAAGAUCAUGACGAUGACACUUACAAUGACGAUGACACUUACAAUGAACGGAAGGAUCUCCCGGAAAGGGUGCUUACGGUGAAAGAUAAAGACUUUUGCGAGGCGGCGCACGAGGUUGUGGAAGCCUCUGAUGUCGAUGCAACAGAAGAGGAGGAAGCCUCAAAUGUUCCUGCCGCGAAAGAGGAAGAAAAAGAAGCCUCUGAUGUUGGUGACGCAGAAGAGAAAGAAGCCUCUAAUGUUCCUGCCGCAGAGGAUGAAGAAGCCUCUGAUGUCGGUGCCGCAGAGGAUGAAGAUGUCUCUGAUGUCGGUGCCGAAGGAGAGGAGAAAGCCUCUGAUGUUACCGCCGCAGAGGAGGAAGAAACCUCUGAUGUCGGUGCCGCUGAAGAGGAAGAAGCCUCUGAUGUUCCUGCCGCAGAGGAGGAAGAAACUUCUGAUGUCGGUGCCGCUGAAGAGGAAGAAGCCUCUGAUGUUCCUGCCGCAGAGGAGGAAGAAACCUCUGAUGUCGGUGCCGCUGAAGAGGAAGAAGCCUCUGAUGUUACCGCCGCAGAGGAGGAAGAAACUUCUGAUGUCGGUGCCGCUGAAGAGGAAGAAGCCUCUGAUGUUACCGCCGCAGAGGAGGAAGAAACUUCUGAUGUCGGUGCCGCUGAAGAGGAAGAAGCCUCUGAUGUUCCUGACGUAGAAAAGGAAGAAGCCUCUGAUGUUCCUGCCGCAGAGGAGGAAUAAGCCACUGAUGUUCCUGCCGCAGAGGAGGAAUAAGCCUCUGAUGUUCCUGCCGCAGAGGAGGAAAAAGCCACUGAUGUUCCUGCCGCAGAGGAGGAAAAAGCCACUGAUGUUCCUGCCGCAGAGGAGGAAAAAGCCACUGAUGUUCCUGCCGCAGAGGAAAAAGCCACUGAUGUUCCUGCCGCAGAGGAGGAAAAAGCCACUGAUGUUCCUGCCGCAGAGGAGGAAAAAGCCACUGAUGUUCCUGCCGCAGAGGAGGAAAAAGCCACUGAUGUUCCUGCCGCAGAGGAGGAAAAAGCCACUGAUGUCGGUGCCACAAGAGGGGAGGAAGCCUCUGAUGUCGGUGCCGCAGAAGAGGAGGCACCACUGCACGGAGAAGCCUCUCGGGGCGAAGUCCAUUCACCCGUGACCGUCCCUGCCGCCCCCGCCACAGCUUCCCUCGCCUACCGCAGCCUCACCGUGGCGCAGAGAUUCAUCUCCCGCCUCGCAGGACCCAGUGACCGCCAGCUGGAGGACCUGCGGCGGAGCCACGGCGUCAGCAUCGUGCGGGUCAGGCGAACCCUGCACAUCAAGGGCCACAGAGACGCUGUCCUGCGGUGCCACCGACACAUACGGGACGAGAUCGCCGAGUGGCGGAGGCGCGAGGCCGCUGAGGCUCAGUAAGCGAGCCACAGACGCGCCUGUGACCCGUGACGGCCGCCUUAGCACCAUGUUUCUUAGUAUUUCUUAU